CCUCCCUCCCCCACCUGAUUUCUCUCUCUGCUCCCUCUCUCUGUCAGCGUCCCUGUGGCUUGAAGGUAGCUCCUGCUUCUCUCUCUCUGUCGCACGCUCCUGCUGUCUCCAUUUCAGCUGCUGCUCUCUCUCUAGCUUGCUCUCCCUCACUCACUCUCUGCCUUCCUCCCUCUUGCUCACCCUCACUCUCUCGCUUUCUCGUUUCCACUCCACUGCCGAGCUCUGGAAAUCAUUGAGACACAUUUUUCUGGUUGCCGCUUACACAAAGACAGGAUUACGGCUUGAUUCACUGGCUUCGGCUCUCCACAUCCAGGUACGACACGCCCCCCUCGAGACGGUGAGGUCCCUGGGGUUGAUUACAACUUUAUGUCCAUAGAGGACUUCCUAAAUCUUGAGCAGUGUGGAACACUACUGGAAAUAGGAACGUAUGAAGGUAACUAUUAUGGGACCCCCAAGCCGCCGAGGCAGCCCGUGGUUGGGACAGUGAUUUUCAGUGAUGCUGUGCUCCUCAACGGCCCCCCAGGCUCCCAGCAGUCAACUCCCAAGCACACCAAGUCUUACAAUGACAUGCAAAACGCCCGAGUAGUGCCUGCUGACUACGAGGAUGACGACCAGGCCACGGAAAUGAACAACAGUUUUACAGGAUCCUUAGUGCGUAGUCUCUUCCCCUCUCCCUUGUUGUGCACAGGUAACUCUAGCGACCAGGACGAGAGCCGCGGCGGUGUUCUUCGGCCAUAUCCCGCGCGCGAGAAUGCUCCGUCCUAUGGUCUGAACAAUGUGGCCGCCCCCACCUCAGACAACGGGCAGCAGACACAUGCCCAACCCCAGGCCUCUCCUGAAGACCCCCUGGGACCCCUGCCAGACAACUGGGAGAUGGCCUACACAGAGAAUGGAGAAGUCUACUUUAUAGACCACAACACAAAGACCACAUCGUGGAUCGACCCCCGGUGUCUUGAGAAAACUCUGAAACCUCUGGAAGAGUGUGAGGAUGAUGAAGAAGGGGUACAUACUGAGGAUCCAGACAAUGAACUAGAGCUGCCUGCAGGAUGGGAGAAGAUAGAUGACCCAGUGUAUGGGGUGUACUACGUAGAUCACAUCAACAGGAAGACCCAGUAUGAGAACCCCAUAGUGGAGGCUAGGCGCAGGAUGCAGCUGGAGCCGCAGCAGCCGCAGCCUCCUGAAGGUGAGCGGUACAUUCGAGAGUGGAUAGAGGAGCACUCCUCAGCUGGUGCUCCCCUGGCCAACUAUGCCAAUAACCACCUAGAGACGUUCCGCGACCCGCAGGUCCCGCCCCCACUGCCCCCUGCUCUGGGAGUGGCCAAACGAGGGAAGCCAUUCUUCACACGGAACCCAGCAGAGCUGAAGGGAACUUUCAUCAACACCAAACUGAAGAAGAGCCGCCGCGGAUUCGGCUUCACCGUAGUUGGGGGCGAUGAGCCGGAUGAGUUCCUGCAGAUCAAGAGUUUAGUCCUGGAUGGUCCUGCUGCUGUGGAUGGGAAGAUGGAGACAGGUGACGUGAUAGUGAGUGUGAACGACACCAUCGUUCUGGGCUACACCCACGCCCAGGUGGUGAAGAUUUUCCAGUCCAUCCCGAUCGGCUCCAUGGUGGACCUGGCCCUGUGCCGCGGCUACCCCCUGCCAUUUGACCCUGAUGACCCCAACACCAGCCUGGUGACCUCCGUGGCCAUCCUGGACAAGGAGCCCAUCAUCGUCAAUGGCCAGGAGAGCUACGACUCUCCGUCCAGCCAUGGCAGUCAGACCGGAGGGCCUGUUAACGGGAUGAGGGAGCCGCGGGCCCACAGUCCCUCGGCAGAGGUGGUGUCCAACGGCUCUCACGGCUACUCCUCCAGCGACGUGGUCACCCUGGCAUCAUCCAUCGCUGGGCAACCAGAGCUGAUCACAGUGCACAUGGAGAAAGGCGAUAAGGGCUUUGGAUUCACCAUCGCUGACAGCCUGACGGGAGGGGGUCAGAGGGUGAAGCAGAUCGUGGAUUACCCCCGCUGCAGGGGCCUGAAGGAGUCAGACAUUCUGAUGGAGGUGAACAAGAGGAAUGUCCAGAACAUGAGCCACAACCAGGUGGUGGACCUGCUCAGCAAGUGUCCCAGAGGGAGCGAGGUCACCAUGCUGGUGCAGAGAGGAGUGGUGGCGGCCAAGAGGAGCCCCAAGCUGGUGCAGCUGGAGAGGAAGGACAGUCAGAGCAGCUCCCAGCACAGUGUGUGUAGCCAUCGCAGCACCCACACAGACUCCCCCAGCCACCCCCCCUCCAACAUGCCCAGUGAGGCCAUGGCCCCCCCUCCGGCCGCACCCACUCAGCCGCUGCCUGGCUUGCCUCCGCUGCCCACCCAGGACCCUGGAGAUGGCACCAUGACCCUCCAGAAGAAGCCAGACCCCUUCAAGAUCUGGGCCCAGUCCAGGAGCAUGUAUGAGAGCAGACAGCCAGAUUGCCAGGAUCAGGAGAUUUUCCUGUGGCGGAAGGAUACAGGAUUUGGGUUCCGCAUCCUUGGAGGAAAUGAGCCUGGGGAGCCGAUCUACAUUGGACACAUAGUGAAGUACGGUGCAGCAGAUGAGGACGGACGCCUGCGUUCUGGUGACGAGCUCAUCUGUGUGGACGGCACGGCGGUGGUGGGGAAGUCUCACCAGCUGGUGGUGCAGCUGAUGCAGCAGGCCGCCAAGCAGGGCCACGUCAACCUCACCGUCCAACGCAAGAGCUCUGGAUAUGGAGUUUCGAAAGGGGAGGGUGACGUGCCCCCGUCCCCUGCCUCGUCCCACCACAGCAGCACCCAGGCCCCCUCCCUGACGGAGGGCAAGCGGACCCCCCAGGGCAGCCAGAACUCCCUCAACACGGUCAGCUCUGGCAGUGGCUCCACCAGUGGCAUCGGCAGUGGGGGAGGAGGUGGCUCCGGCAGUGCUGUGGUCACCGCAGCCCUGCAGCCCUAUGACGUGGAGAUCCAACGUGGAGAGAAUGAGGGUUUCGGAUUUGUCAUUGUGUCAUCUGUCUCUAGGCCUGAUGCUGGGACUACGUUCGCUGGAAAUGCAUGUGUGGCCAUGCCCCACAAAAUAGGGCGCAUCAUCGAGGGGAGCCCUGCGGACCGCUGUGGGAAGCUGAAGGUGGGCGACCGCAUCUUGUCUGUCAACGGCUGCUCCAUUACCAACAAGUCCCACUCGGACAUCGUCAACCUGAUCAAGGAGGCCGGGAACACAGUCUCUCUGAGGAUCAUUCCUGGUGAUGAGUCCUCCAACGCGUCUCUGUUGACCAACGCUGAGAAGAUUGCCACCAUCACCACCACGCACACACCCCAAACUGCCACGGAGCCUCGGAACAACUCAAAGUCGAAACAGGCUCCUCCUCCACCUCCUCCAACACAAGCUCAGCCCUCACAGGAUGCCGAGUUCUACUCUGUGGAUCUGGAGCGGGACAGUAAAGGCUUUGGGUUCAGCCUGAGAGGAGGACGGGAGUACAACAUGGACCUAUAUGUGUUGAGGCUGGCUGAGGACGGGGCGGCUGGCAGGAAUGGCAAGAUGAGGGUGGGAGAUGAGAUCCUGGAGAUCAACGGCGAGAGCACAAAGAACAUGAAGCACGCACGGGCCAUCGAGCUGAUCAAGAAUGGUGGCCGGAGGGCACACCUGGUCCUCAAGAGGGGUGAUGGAUCUGUACCUGAAUAUGACUCCAGCCAUGACGGGCACUCUCCCACACCCGGGGCACAAAACUCUCCGGAAGUGAGAACCCUGCCACCAAACUGCCGAUAUCACACCUCAUCAGAGUCAAGUUAUCCACAAGACCUUCACAAACCAUCACGCCACAAGGAUGCUGCGCAGGACCGAGACAGGGACAGGAUGGAGCACCAGGGCCGGCACUUUAACCCCCACCACCAUCACACCUGGAACAACAAUCACAGCCAUACCACCCCCAGCCAACACUACCCUGAAAACAGCGGCGGCAACAAUAAGAAGAGCCGGGGACGCAAAGUCAACAAGUCAGAGUCAGAGAGCGGCAUCUCAAAACUAUUAAAGACUCUGCGUAAGGACAGCUCUAGGAAGAAGGCUGCAGCUGCAGCGGCAGCUACAGAACGAGAGUGGGAGCUCUCCGCUAGUAGCAGUACUCUAGACCCGAGGUACAGUCGACCACGCCGCGGCUCCCUCGACCGUUCGCCCACCCGUAAACAUAAAGCCUCCCCUGACCGACGGCGGUCCAAGUCCAUGGACCGCAGGGUCGAGCGAGCCCACCGAGACCGCACACCCGAAAAGGAGAACGAGGAUGGAGGUUUCCUCAGUCAUGCGGCUACUCCUGAACAACCACUCUACAACCGCAGGCUCCUGAGGGAACCACAGACCCCGGGCCAAGCCUACUUAGAGGCCACCACCCCAGAGCGCCUGAACAAAAGGGCUUCCUCCCUGUCUCUUUCCAGGGGGUGGACUCCUGACAGAGGCAGUCUGAAGAACGGAAACCUCCUGAGGGACUCGCCGAUUGAGACGAGGGAGGAGAGGUAUGGGAUGAACGGAACGCCAGUGAGACGGUACAGAUCAGAGAGAGAUUCGUCUCCAGACAGCAGCUAUAGCAGGGAGGAGCUGAACUACUGCAGUACACUGAAGAACAAUGCCUCCACUCACAACCACACAGGCUACAACGCAGCAGGACACUGCAACAACGCAGCAGGACACAACAACACAGCAGGACACAACAAUACAGCAGGACACAACAACGCAGCAGGACACAACAACGGAGGAGGUCGCGCCCAGAACCAGUACCCCGUGCCUAUGAGAAGGCUUUACAAAGAGAGCCCCAAGGACCUCAGCAUCUGAGUGGACAGAGCCUGGACCCUGGCCUCUCACCCCUCAACUUGUGUAGGCCACAGUACAUACACUGGACUUGGACUUCUGAGGAGAUUUACUUCCAAUCGCCUGGUUGAUUGAUUCAUUGAUUUGACUACAUGUGAUCCGGGACAGGGAUUCAUACCACAGCAGGAGUACAAUCUUUUUUUUGUUCGUACUGUAUGUUUUGCUUCUGUUCACAUUAUUUUGAGCAUUACGGCAGUUGUUAAUAAUGUAGUGAAGGUAUGUGUAUGUGCCUAUCACAUCACAAAUGGCGAUUUAGCUUUUUUGGGCAUCUCUGUUUGGAACCUCAGAGGGAACACAUACAGUCGCUGGUGAAAGUCUACACACCGCUUGCACAGUCUUCUCAUUUUGCUGCCUCGAAAUGUAAUCAAAACAUUUAUUAAAUUAGAUUGGUAGAACAAUUACAAAACCUACUCCACAUUUUCAAAGUGAAAGAAAAAUUAUAGAACACCCCCCCCCUCCAAAAAAGUGUUAUUGAUUCCAUGACUCUUAGCACAACGUAUAUCCAUUGUUUUUGUCAAAAUUGCUCAAGCUCAGUAAAUGUGGUUGGGAAUCAUUGAUGGCCAGCAAUAUUUCAGGCUUGUUUCGGAUUUUCAAGCAAAUUUAAGUCAGCACAGAGACUGGAAAACUCACACUUUACACCUCUUCGGAAGCCCUCCUAGCGGGUCUUUGGUAUUAAAAUGUGUGUAAAUGUCCCGUGUGUAAAUGUCCCGCUGACAAAUUAAACUCUGUCCCAGGGUUAGGCUUUCAGAAAACUACGGCAGGUUUUUACCUGGGCUUUUUUUAUCCUGACAAACUCCCCAAUCCCUGCCCCUGCCAGCCUACCCAUAACAUGAUGCUGCCACCACAAUAAUCGAAAAUAUAGAGAGUUUUCCUCUGUGUUGCAAUAGAUUUGAUUCAAAUCAGCAGUUUUUUAUUUAGUCCAAAAAGUGAAUGUAUUUGCUAUUUUGUCUUGCAGUAUUAUUUAACAGCCUUGUUGCAAACAUAAUUGAUGAUUUGGUGUGGAUGUUUUUUGUUGUUGAAUUCUUUACCCCUUUUUCGUGGUAUCCAGAGUCUCUGAUGGCACAGCUAGCGCUGCAGUACAGCACCCUUAACCACUGCGCCACCUGGGAGGCCUGGUGUGGAUGUUUUAACACAGGUUUCCUUCUUUUCACUUCAUCAUACAGGCCACUAAUGUGGAGUGAAUGCAAUGUUGUUGAUCCUCUGUAUUUUCAAGUAUUGUGGUGGCAGCAUCAUGUAAUGGGUAUUCUUGUCACUGACAGGAAAUGGGGUUGUCAGGAUCCCAAAAAAUAUAUGAAAGGAGCAAACCACAAGUCAAAAGUCUGAGAAAAGUCAGCCGUAGUCUUCUGAGGUAAUUAGUGCUAGACACACCAGAAUGGCUUUUCAGGAGGUGUUGAGUGAUCCAGUCUUAGUCCUGACUUAAAUAUUUCAAAUCACAGACAAAGUUUGAAUAUUGCUUUCCACCUAUGAUUCCCAUCCACAUUUACUGAGCUUGAGCAAUUUUGACAAAAAUAAUGGAGCUAUGUUACCCUAAGAGUUGGUAAAAUGUUAUUCAAAAUUAUUCCGUUUUUAUUUUCUAUAAUAUUUCUUUCACUUAAUAAUUCUUGUGACUCUCAAACCCGGAUCUGGGAGCGUAAUCAUUUGGGAGCGUAAUCAGCCUUAAACGAAUUAGCAUAACGCAGCGGACAUAAAUCUUCCUAUUCAUGAAAAUCACAAAUGAAAUAUAUUGAGACACAGCUUGGCCUUUUGUUAAUCACACUGUCAUCUCAGAUUUUCAAAAUAUGCUUU